UAUCAUCAGCCACAAAUCAGUUGAUCAACAAUUCUCGAAUUCGCCGGAAAAAAGAUGGAAACAGCUCUGCUCCGGUACUGCUGCGUCAAUUUUUCCAGUACCAGUCACCACUACCACAAGAAAAUCUCCGCUCACCACAGAGUCGAUGGUGGUGGUGGGACUCAGAGAGACGAGAGGUGCGCUGUGGCUUUGAGUAGAAGAUCGGUUAUGGCGUCUGGAUUCUCGCUAGUCUCGUCGACGGCUUUAGCGUUUCCAGGGGAAGGGUUGGCUGUCGUGAAACAGGGCCUUCUUGCCGGGAGAGUUCCUGGUUUGUCCGAACCUGAUGAUGAAGGUUGGAGAACAUACCGUAGACCAGACGAGAAGUCAGGAGGACAUGGUGUUGGUUGGAGUCCUAUUAUCCCUUACUCCUUUUCGGUUCCUCAAGAUUGGAAUGAGGUACCUGUAUCGAUUGCUGAUCUUGGUGGUACCGAGAUUGACUUGAGAUUUGCUAGUCCUAAAGAAGGCCGCGUGUCUGUUAUCGUAGCUCCUGUUCUAAGAUUUGCAGAUAACCUCGGGGACGAUGUUAAGAUUGAAAAUAUUGGACCACCAGCCAAGGUGAUUAACGCGUUUGGACCAGAAGUUAUUGGAGAAAACGUAGAAGGGAAAGUGUUAAGUUCCAAUGUUGCAGAACACCAAGGUAGACUCUAUUACCAAUUUGAGCUAGAGCCGCCUCAUGUACUGAUCACUGCAACAGCUGCCGGAAACCGCCUUUACUUGUUCAGUGUCACCGGAAACGGGCUUCAAUGGAAGAGAUACUACAAGGACCUGAAGAGGAUAGCUACUUCGUUCCGUGUUGUUUAGAGGCAUUAAUUAGUGGAAUUCAACAGUUACACAAGAGUUUUCCAAAGACUAAGAAACACAAAGAGCGCGGUACAUAAAUGUACGUAUUUGUAAAAAAGUUGAGAAUCCUGUAAUAUUAUUACAGUAAACCAAAACACGAGCAGUGCACCAAGCUUCGAAUACGGUCUUCUCGAUU